AUGGACGGUGUUGACAGUAGCUCCAACAUAGUUCCAACAACGUUAAAAGCUAAUCUGAAGAUGUUCUGGUAUGCUAGGACAGUUAUGAUAGACCUAAUAAUAACGCCACCACCAGUAAUGGCAGGAACAACAACGACAGUAUCAGGGACAUUACCUCCCGGAGUUACUACAACAGCCGUUUCCGUCGUAACAGCCGUACCCGGAGUAGUACCAGGCGUACCCGGAGUAGUACCAGGCGCACCCCCGAUGGUCAUUAAUGUA